UCUCAGGAGUGCCCGGAUGAGGUGUUUCUGGAGGGUGUGUUGCAGCCCAGUCUGGAGAAAGGGCGGCUCGGCUCUCUGCAGAGCAUCAUGGAGAAACUGGACCCGGGUCUGGAGAACUGCAGCCGGUACCUCAUCGCCUCCUGCCAGUUCCUGCAGAGGAGAGGAUACUUCAACACCCUCUACCAGCUGCAGCAGUUCAUGACGGAUCACGUGCGUGCAGCCAUGACGUGUAUCAGAUUCUUCACUCAUGGAGCCACUUCCUACCUGCAGCUGGGAGAAAACCAGAGCUGGCUGGUCCGGGCCAAAGAGCACCUGAGGACGUUCCUGCAGGAGCAGCAGGGCCGGGGGGGCGGGAAGAGGAGGUCGCAGGUCAACUCCUUCAGGAAGAUGAUGUCCUCCAGCGACGUCUCCAGGCAUAUGAACACCAUCGAGCUGCAGCUGGAGGUGACUCGCUUCCUGCACCGCUGUGAGAGCGCCGUCUCUCCGAAGUCUCCUCGGACGGCAACAUUUGCCCCCAAAUCCUCCGGAGCCAGCGCCCCCCCCACCCUGUUCGGAGGAAGCCCCGUGAAGGUGGAGGUCGCCUGCAAGGUGAUGCUCGGAGGGAAAAACAUUGAGGAGGGUUUUGGUAUCGCUUAUAGAGUCGUACAGGACUUCCAGCUGGAGGCCCAGGCGGUGUAUGUUCGUGCCGGGCAGAGACUCGUCCGGCAGCGGCAGUACGGCGCCGUGCGGCAGCUCCUGAAAUGUGUCGGGGAGUCGGGAGCCGCCACCAAGAACGACUGCGACGCCCUGAUCCUCAGCUGCGUCUCCUUCGCAGAUAAGAGCCCGGCAGAUGCCAAGGAUCUGGAAAGCCUCAUUCUGGAGGCCAAGAGCACAGAAAGCAAGAUCAAAGCCUACCUGCUGUGCGGUAAGCUGCGCCCGGCGUACCUGCUGGCGGUGAAGCUGGAGGCGGGUCGCGCCGGUCCUCUGGUGCAGGACGUCCUGCAGGCAGCAGAGGGAGUGCAGGACUCUGUGAUGCAGAACAUCUGCAGCCAGUGGCUCUCUGAGCACCACAGCAAGUCUGCUCAGCAGCGCCAGGCCCGACCCAGCGCCAGGUAGAGCACGGUUCACAAGGGAUCACACAGAACAGCACUUAAAACCUGAAGAGAGGAUCCAGGGUUUCUAAAGUAAAAAGGUUCUAGAAACACGCUUUGAGAUGGAAACGACUGCAGGUUUUAUGUAACAGUAGCUGUUGCACAUGUUACUUUUUAGUGUUGUAAUAAUUUAUAUAUAGCACAUUUAAGGCCAUUAAAGUCAACGAUGUGAACUGAUGACCUAAACUACAUUUGGUGUCUAGCUCAAAUUUGACUACCUGCAAAAGUUUAAAGGGACAGUUCACACCAAAAUAAGAAAUGCACAAUCCUUUCUCUUACCUGAAGUGGUUUAUAUUAAUCUAAAUUUAAUGUAGGAACUAUUUUAUUUCAACACCUGAAAACCAUAUCACCACAUGCGUGAACACAUGGAUUGUUUUUGCAACCAGGUCAUGAUUUCUUGACACCACUCUGGAGGUUAUACAAUAGAAAAAUACAUUUGAGAAAGACACCAAAUCUACAUUGAUAAAAAGCCCCACAGGUUUUUAUUUGAAAGGUGUACUGUCCCUUUAAAUUCUCACUGUUCUGGAUCACUGUGAAACUAGGCGUGGUCUCAGGUGAAACACAAUCUGAUUUCCAGCCUGGAGUUGAGUUUCUCUUUGAGUAGAAACAUCUAGAAAACCCUGAUGAUCACUUGAAAGCCCUGAAACUGUCCAAUCACCACCGUGCUUUACUGCCAGUUUGCUUUUAUCUCUCAUCUCCACACUGUUUGAGAGGGAACAAUGUUACGACAACUAAUAGAUUCUUACACAUGACUGUAUUGGACGAAGAUUCAUCUCCUACCUCAGCAAAAAGGGAAAAUAUCUUUAACUGAUUGAUAGGCCUCUGACGAAAUGAGUUUUCUGACUUUUGUUUUUGUUUAAUUUGUAUGUCUUUAUCGUUUCUAUGUGUGUGGAUUUACUCCGCAAUGAGAUGUCGUCCGCCAAGAACGGUACACGAAACUGAACAAAUGUUGUACUGUGUUUUUGUUAAUCCCCAUGAAGAUGUUUACUGUUUCACCUGAUGUUAUAUUGGACGUUUAAUGGCCAGCUUUCAGCGAUUAUUCCCUUUUGGUAAGGGGAAUUCAUAUUUAAAAAAAGAAAAAUAAGUAUGUUUGAGAUGUUGAAUAUAGAAAGGGACCCACUUCAAGAUCAUGUAAUCAAUCAAAUUGAUUUCUCACUAUCUGGUUUCGAUUUCUCAUCCUGUGUGUCCUGUUUUGGUAAGAGUGUGCCUAAUUUUAAACCAUGCUUUACACUUUGUUAUAAUGUCUGAACUCUAUAAAUCCACAAUGAUUAAUUUACAUAGUCAAUGAGGUUUAAAGAAAAAAGGGAUUAAACUUUUGCCAUAUGGUUUCUUUUGCUGUUUAAUGUUGUGUUCUCACCCUGGCAGUGCAAAAGGUAACCGUGUUUUGAUCUAAUUCACACAACAAUCACCAUGUUGCAGAAACUGCCUUUUCAAGGAUGCGAGAUUCAUUUCUGAUGAUAUAAUCAAUGUCUUCUGUUUCGCUUCCCUCUGCUGCACUAGACUGACGGAUGCUCCUGUGACAGUAAAUGUUGUAGUCUAGUUGCCAGCCUAGUGAACCCGGACAUUUUGAGUACCCCAACGUUUUAUUUUAGAAAUGUAUAGUACGGGACGGGUCCAAUGCAAACAUGCCAACUUGAAAAUGUUGAUCAAUUUCACAAUAAGCAUAAGUUCCAUUAAUUAGUAUAUGCAGACAAUAGCUAAAAAAUUGCUUGCCGAUUUGGACAGUUUUUGUGUGGUUGCUGAAGUUAUUGCGGAUGUUGAAUCAAUCAAAAAAAUGUGUUUUGAGUCCCGGAAAACUUUAAAUUGACUCAAAAACAGCCCAUUGGGUACAAAUAUGGCCACUUUCUGGUUUAAAUUUCAAAAAUGGAUUCAACUUCCUCAAUACUCUCCAAAACGAUGUGUCUAAAUCGGCAAAGCCAUCCUAUAGCUAUUGUCUGCAUAUGCUAAUUAACGCAAUUUAUGCGAAUUGCCCAACAUAUUCAAUUUAGCAUCCGGCAGUUUUUAUGUGCUGGGGACCCGUACUGUACAUUUCUAAAAUAAAACGUUGGGGUACUCAACAUUUCGGGGUUCCCAAUAGGACUCUAUGAGCUGACAGACUAUCAAACGGAAAGAGAUGAAUGAAGACUUUCUUGCACUCUAAUCCUCCUGACUGUUGUUUGAUCACUGCCGCACUUUAAACUUAGUAAA